AUGAAAUUCACUUCUAGCGCAUCAGAGCGUAAUUUCUUACUCAGGAUAGAACCAAGAGAUAAACUUACAUUUACUGGUGAUGUUACGGGCGAGAUACAUACUAUUAUAAAACUAACAAAUAAAAGUGAUUCACGACAAGCAUUCAAAAUAAAGUGUACAAGGAAUGAUUUAUUUCGUAUAAGGCCAGCUACGGGAAUCCUCGAUUAUGGGCAGACGAUCCGUAUUGAUAUUACUUACAAAUGCGUUAACAAUCAAGUACCGGAAUCUGAUAGACAUCACUUUGGUAUCUAUCAUAUACCAGCACCGGAAGGAGCAACAUGCGCUGGUGCUUGGGCUGAACAUUAUGGGCCUCCACAAGGAGAACUUCGAAUGAAAGUCUUUUUUCAAAACGCAAAAGAACGAUCACCAUCUAAAAACAGUAACGAGAAUGCAAAUGCCGAAAAUUCAAAUUCAAAAAAAACAGGAAUAAAUGAAGCAUGA